UUUUUUUUUUUUUUUAAUCUUCCUCACUCCAAUUGGUAGCUGCAGCUUGCACACAUGCAGACAAGGUGGUGCCUACCUUUCAUGUGGAAAGCUGCCUUACAAAAACAUCUGAGGUUGCAUUUCCCAUUAUCCCAGUUUUUCUAGCCUCAUACAGACUUUGGUAGAUGCUCCAUGACCUAAACUCCAUUUGCUCUCCAUGAAAUCUGUUUAUGUUGUUAUCUUAUUUUUCUUCAAGCAAAAGAAAGGUGUGUCUCCAGUGCAAUCAUUUUAAAUAAUAAUUUAUGAACUCUAGGAGAUCUGCAGAAACCAGCCUUGUGAAAUGUACUUUUUUGGACACAGAAGUCUAUCUGUCUAACAGCAUCUGCACAUGAUGUGGUGUUAAUAUCUGUAAGACAGAACAAACAGCUAGGAGACAAGCUAAAGCUGCAAAAAGCAGACAAUUUGAGAAGAAACUUUUGUUUCCAUCUCCUUCCUUUUCUUCUUGCUUUCUGCUGCUGUUGGAACAAGAAUGGGUCAGCUAUGUGGACGAUGCAUGCAGCUCCUGCGGGACUUCAUAGGCUUUGUUCAGAGGAUGUCCUCUGACUUGGUGCAAAGCAUCAAGGAAUGCUUAACUCUGAUAAGCAAAUGCUCCUGCUUAAAACAAAACAGCUCUAAAAGCAGACAGCUGUACAAGCCCAUCCUACAGCCUCAUGAGAGAGUGACAGCACAGGAGUUUCUGCAGCAUAUUGAAACAGAUUUUGAAAUGUCUCCACUUGGAAAGGACCCUCUGGAAGCCUUGAGGACCUUAUCCUUUUCAGAAAAUCCAGGUUUACAGCAGUCGGCUGCCCUCUAUUACUUGCAUAUGAGUCAGCACAUGAACAUCCCCCUGCCUGUGGAGCAUCUGGAACCCUUCUAUGCCUUACUACGUUCUGCUGACCUGGAGGUGCAGCAGAUGUCUUCCUUGUCUCUUGUCAACUUCUUGCUGGAAGGAAAUAUUGACAAAGAAUUAGUUGUCCAAAUGGGUUUACUUGAGCCAAUUCUGGAUCUGCUUGAGUCAGAGGAUCCCACUGUCCAGUGUAAUUCCUGUGCCUGCAUCAUGACUUUGGCUGUUUCAGGGUCCAACCGAGAAGCUAUUGGUGCUGCCAGAGGAGUUACACCCCUGCUGUCCCUUGCCAAGUCCUAUGAUCCCAGAGUCCAACAAAAUGCAGUUGGUGCUAUUCUGAACCUCACACAAUCAGAGAAAAUCCAACAAGUCCUAUGCAAGGAGGGAGCCCUACCAGUUCUUGCCGUGCUGCUGGAAUCUCCUGACUCAGAAGUCCAGUAUUACAGUUGUGCUGCCCUGAGCAAUGUGGCAGCCAAUGUUCAGCACCACAAAGCCUUGCUGAGACCCAGUGACAGAUUCCUGCUGCGGACCCUGAUCUCUCUCCUCUCCUCUUCUGUGGACAAGGUUUCAAGCCAGGCAUGUGUUUGCCUAAGAAAUUUGGCUAUCAGUGCGGACAUCCAGGCUGAGAUGGUUGCUGAGAAUGUACUGCCCAAGCUGUGCUCUCUCCUGGCCUCUGGCAGCGAGGAUGUGCGUCGUGCCUCCAUUGCUCUGCUCUGGAUACUCUCCCAGCACCCACCCAACCAGGAUACUUUGGCAUGUGCUGAGCUACUGCAGAGCCUGGGGACAUUACUGGCAGCACAUAAAACAGACCCUGUGAUUGUUGGACAUACUGCUUGCAUCAUCAAAAACCUGAGCCUUUCCAAAAACAGACAGAGAAUCACUGAGAGCCGCUGUGUCGAAGGUCUCCUUCAGACCAUGCUUUUGACCGACACUCAGGAAGACUCCCUUCAUUAUGUGACAUCCUGCCUUGCUGAGCUGGCAAAGCAAGAAGGAGCCAUGUUACACAUGGUCCAGUGGAUGGAUGAACCUCUGACAAAGUGCUUGGUGAGACUGGCUGGCCAGCUAGAACAUCCAGAGCCAUCCUUCCAUGCUGCCUCCAUCAUCCUGCACAUAAGCGGUCAUGAAAAAAUUAUGCUUUUGUGGAAGCACCACAUUAGAGAGAUUCAAGCCUACCUCAGGAAUUUUCUUACCCACCGGGAAGUCCGUUUUCAGCAGCUGGGCAUCUCCACAUUCUGCAGACUACGAGCAGAUCCAGACUUUUCAUUAGCAUUCAGAAAAAGCCAAAUGGCCAGACUCCUUGAACAAGUCCGUCAACAAACAGAAGAAACUCAAGAGCUCCUCAGGGCAGCUAUGUACCAUGAAGACUGUUAAUAUUUAAGCCAAAUGCCUUAUGAAAACUUACCAGAUCCAAGGGCCUGAACUUUCAGAGGAAACAACUCUUUUCAUUGGUUCCUGUAAUUUUCCUUCUACUUGCAGUUUCGUCAUACAGGAGACAUGUCCCGAUAACAAGAAUUGGAGCAGGUGAAAACACAAUUCCUUGGACCCUUUGUCCUUGGACCCUUAAGUGUGCUUGAGGACAUGGCUACAUGUCAAAAAACACCAGCUAUGCUUCGUUAACCUUCCAUGGUUUUUGGUUUCCUCACCCUCCCUUCAGAAAAAUCAGCACUGUAUUAAUGAGGUUUUAUUCAUGCAACAGGCUAAUUCCACUGAUGAGGCAUCUCCCAAGUAUGCAGGUGACUCUGCAUUCAUCUUUAUUCUGUUUCUGUUCCAUGUCCUGUAUUUCAGAGCAGACUCCAAGGACUUUAGAAAGUAACUGAAUCAGCCCACACUAUAAAGGUAGAAAAGCCAUGAACAGGUUACUAUAGAAAGUUACUGCUGAGGGACACUUCAGAAAGUGCAAGAAAUUUGUAAGAAACAAGGAUGGGUGAAGCCUUACGGUUGAUCCUUGUCCACACUAUAGGCAUUACCCUCCAACAGAAGAGCAAAGGAACGUUAAGGCAAGGAAAUGUUGCACAGAGCAAGUACAGAACACAGCAGGAACCACAAAUGAUUUGGGUGAGAUGUGUUUAAGUACAGAACUGUGUUCUGCAAAUGUUAAAUUAUUUCCAAAGCUACUUGCAACAAGGAAAGAGUGAAAAUGUUUGGCAAAAUUAGGAAUUUUUGUUGUAUUUUGAUAUUGAUGCUUCAUUUUAAAUGGAGUUAAAGAACAAUAAAGAGGUAGUCAUGUGUUUAAGUUCAACUCAUUUUCUUACAUAUAUACUUCCCAUGGGCAGGCAGAUGUUCAGCCAUCUCCAGGAAAGCUGGGUUCCAUCAUGUGUAAUGGUUACUUGGGAAGACACACACUGUAACUUCAAACAACCCCCCUUUCCUCUUCCUUCCCCUGGUUUUAUAUGCCCAGCAUGACAAUGUAAGGUAUGGAAUGUUGCUGUGGUCACCUGCCCCCAGCUGUCCCCUCAUAAUUUCUUUUGCAACCCCAGGCAGGUGGAGUGGUGUGAGAAGCAGACUCUGUGCAAGCACUGCUGAGUGGUAACUAAAACAUCCCUGUGUUACCAACCUUGUGUUCAGCACAAAACCAAACACAGCCCCCUCUGAGCUACUGUGAAGAAUAUUAACUCUACCCAGGCAAAAGCAGGAGGUACUUCUGACCAUCUCAUAACUCUUAUGUGCAUGUAGAGCUUUAGAGCUGAUACUAGUCAAAAACAUGGAAUAAAAGUGAGAUUAGAAAAAUA